UCUUUGUCAGACAUCGCAGGAUCCGAGUAGUCCAACAGCUGGAAAUGCGAUGCCAUUAGGAUCAUCUGCCUUAAGUGCAGCCGGAGGUCUGGAUAUUAGAGACGGAUGGGAUAAUGAGGAAUGGGGAAGCCUCGAAGAGGAACCGAAUGAAGAGAUUGAGGAGAAGCACGAAGUGGAACAGAUAAACGAUAAAGCCAAACCGACAAUGAAUUGCAACAAUCUCAGCCCGGUCAGUGAUAAUAACACGAAUUUUAACUCCAACUGGAACAGCGAUUCCUGGGCAGAUGGAGAAUUUGAGCCGAUUGACGAUGUCACGACGGGUAAUCCAAAAUUGGACGAGGCACGCCGGAAACGCGAGGAGAAAAAACUGCAACGACAGCGAGAACUUGAGGCACGACGAGCGGCUCGUGGUCCGCUCAAAUUGGGUGCCAAGAAGCUCUAAAAGAGCUUUUCAAAUGGUGUGUUUACCCAGAAGAAAAACCAAAAGAAGAAAAAAAGUUGUGACUCGAACUUGUCGUGAUUUUCCUUGCUCGGUGUUUAAGAAGAAAAAAAUAAAGGACAGAUGUAAUAGGGGGGGAGGGAGUAUUUUUAGCUAAAUGAAAAAUUCUAUUUGAUAAAUACAGGUUCUAUACGUACUUUCAUAGUAUAAUUCUAAUACCAUUUGGAAAAAAAAGAUGAUAAAAAAUCGCGCAUUUGAAGAAGCAAAAAAGAAAACUGUCUUCAUGCCCAUAUGAGAAACUUGAUUGCUCUUAAACUAUCAGUCAUUCUUUAUUAUAAAUUCUCUUGGGAAUCCAUGGGAUUUAUAUGGGAUAUUUCGUGGAAUUGAAUUUUCCUCUUUGUGGUGCAUGAAAACAAAUGUGUCAUAGGGGAAUAUUAUGAAGAAUAUUGUGGAGAUGAUAUAAAUUUCACUUAAAAUAUCGAUUUGUAUAUGAUGUUGUGAGAUAUUCCUCGAUUUUUUCCUCCAAGAAAAAAAAGAAACAUUCUUGCGAUAGACAUUAAGAAAUAAAAAAAAGUUCUUAUUAAAUGUGAGAGAAAGUUUAAAAGACAAAAAGAAAUUAAAAAAAAAGAAAUACAUUUUCGAAUGGAAACCGCGAAUGUGAGAGAAUGGAAUAUUUUGUGUGUUUGACGUUUCCUUCUCCAAGAAAAAAAAUGUUUAAUAAAUCCCUUUUUACUCCAACUUUCCUUUACAAAACUCACAUUGACCAAUUACUCUCUGAAACAUUUAUUUUCCCCCCUUAAAAUUCAGAGGGAAAAUCUAGCAUUAAAAGAAAAUCAUCAUUAACAAAAAAAAGUCUUUACCGAAAUAUACCACAAAAUUCUAUAUUAAAAAAAAAUAUGUUACUGUCACACACAUUGAAUGUUUGUCAACAAGAAAAAAAAACAACAACAGAAUAUUGAAGAAGGGAUUAUUAAGAAAAGAAUAAUUAUAUAAAACUUAUAAAUGGCCUUUUUAUAAAAGAGAGAAAGAAAAAACACAUAAACUGAAAAAAUGGUUCAUUUAAAUUUUAUGAAGAGAAAAAUUUGAAAGAAAAUCUUAAGUAAAAAAAAUUAUUUUCUAUCAUAAACUUAAGAAGAAAAUAAAUCCCUUAAUCUGAGCUUUCUUUUCCUCUCCAUUUCUUUCUAAAUACUAUAAUGCCCAAAAAUAAUCUCCUUCCACAACAGAGAUUUAUCAUUGUUUCUUUUCCUCCAUCUCUCGUCAAAGAUCUUUCCCAAAAGCCUCUGCAAUUUUUCCCCGAAAUGCAAAAUUGUGAAAGAACAAAUCAAAUUUCUAAUUCUAGUCCGAGAUAGAAAGACAAAAAAAAAAUCAAUGGAAAAAUGCGAAGAAAAUAUUUGGUGAGAGAUGAACAUUUGUUGUAAAAGUGUAAACUGAUUAAUUUUAUUUUAUACUUUAUGUGAUUCAAAUACACUCACAUAAACUAAAUAAAUCCACCACCGUUGUUUAA